CCUUGUGCAAGAAUAGCAGAAGCUUGCACCUGCACGCGUAGAAUUCCCCGAGCUGUCCUCAAUUCUGAUGAGGACCAUACAGCAGACGUACGCUGGCUGCCAGUCGCCAAUCCACUGCGCAACCACCUCCUCGGCACCUCCUGCUCUUACAGCUCUGGCGCUCGCGAGGGGCGCCGGUGAGCAUCUGCUGCAGCUUCGAACCUCGUUAUACACUGCUUACGAGUAUUUGUCGCGGGUCAUAAAGUGCACCAGGACGCGAGAUAAGCACAUAUUCACAUGCUUUCCCUUUCGUAUGAGCCCCAGGGCUCCGGCAUUGGCCCGAAAUCUCCGCCAAGUCCUUCUCCAGUGGUGUCUGCACCUGUCUGCACGUCCGUGACUGUCCCUACCAUGUCCUCUCCGAUCCCUUCGCCAGGGUGGACCCAUUUUUGCCACUCUUGUACGCGGUUUGAUGCUCGAGAACCCGAACAGAUAUCGCUGGCAACAUUCUCCAGCGGCUUCCACUCGUCACUCUCAUAGCCACAUCUUCCCCUUCAAUCACUCUAUAAGCAGCAGUCCUACCUCUAGGAAGUUGUUAUCGUGGUUCUGUAGCUUCCCAGGUACAUUUUUCCUAACAUGUCUCUUGCUUCCGCCUCCCUGCCUCAGCACGCAAGGAUUAAGCAGCUAAACGCUCUCCUUUCUGGUCUUUGCUCUUCUUCUGCAAGCGGUGCCCUCGCCGCCGGCAAGAAUGACGAUAUAACACGUUUAUGUUUUUGUAGGCGAUAUAUCUCACUUUGCUAGAGCAUGUUUCAUGGUCGGAAUCUGUC